AUGGCCAACAACGAAUUCGACGUUAUCAUCGCUGGAGCUGGUCCCAUAGAGUUCACGAAAAUCCAGAGCACGCCCUUCCGGAUCAUACGCGACGAGAACGAGCCUCGGAGUAUCGUCCAAUUCAAGUCAUUUACAGCUGAAGAUUAUAAGAAGAUCAAACAGAAAGAGCACGGCAAAGAGCACAAGCAAAUUUCCAAGAUCAAGUACCACCAGUUGAACGCCGGGAGCGACACCAUGUUGCAGGCCAACAGCACGGAUACGGUCCUGACGAAUGGUUUUGGACCGGUGCGGGAUGCUAAGCAAGGGUCUGUAUUGACGCCAUCUGAAUUGUUCCGAGUCGGAAGUGACUAUGACUGUGAGAUGGCAAGCCUUUUGAGUCUCACAACCGAGCCUCAGGAACUUUCACGCGAGCGGAGCGAUUAUUCGACAUCGCCUGCCUCGAUCAAUGAGCUCUUCGAAGCUGCAGAUCUGUCUUUGAAUUACUCUGCACCACGGGCAGCGCAGCUCUUCGACACCAUCUCUCGUCUUGAAUUCGCCUCUGAUUCUGGAGGCAUCUCAACUUUUCCAGACGACGUUUUCACACAGGAUACAGGAACGGCCUCGACAAGAGAGGUUGCUCCAGGGACCCUGGAGCCUGGCAUAAGCGCUACUGACGGGCGUCUCUCCUACCAUAUCAAUGAGCCGAGAGUGUCGCGUUCAGGCGCGCGGGCUAAUUUCGCCGUGUUAACGGAUCCCUGCCGUAUGGAUUAUGGCAGAACGCCAGUGACGACUCGGACAGUAGCUCUGGACGGCACAGACGACAGCUUCGAGUCACUGCACCCUCCACAGUCCUCCAGCAUACCGCUGCUCCCAUCGGAAGCAAAUACGGAGCUCGAUCAAGGGUGCGCGCAAGAGAAGGACAGCCUGCCACAUCAUCUGCGAAGCACGGCAGGAUUAUCUUGGGCCAGGAUUGCGCCGUACUUUCCGCGCACCACCAAGUCGGAAUUGCGACGUAGGUUCGCUGAGAACAUGGCAAGCACAAUGCAGCAUGGAAAGGAUAUCGUUCCGCCCAAGCGGAAGAGGGGACGUCCGCCGAACCCAAACGGUAGAAAUAUUUGGAUGUCGUACUUUGAAGCGAUCGAUCCAAUGCUCGCCGAUCGGCCGUUGAGUAGGAGGUCGUGUCCUCGAAAGCUAUAA